CAUGGAUCUGGCCAAUGGGCCUUUCUUCUACCUUUCGAACAUGUCUGGCUGGCUCCAAAUUAUUCUCCAUCAAACAAACAGACAACACUAGCUGCCAAAACCCCCAACCAAAUUCGCAUGCCCUUAUUAAUUUUUCAGCAUCAAGCUUCAGCCUUUAACAAGUAAAAGCAAAACCCAGAAAUGCCUCCAAAUCUCUGCACUGUCUUCGUCUUCCUUCUGGCGACGAUGGCCUAUGGCGGCGGAGCCAUAGGCGUGAACUGGGGCACGACGGCCUCGCACCCAUUACCGCCGACCAAGGUGGUGGAGCUGUUGAAGUCCAACAAUGUGACCAAGGUCAAGCUACUCGACGCCGACCCAGGUGUCCUAGAAGCGCUUUCUGGGUCCAAUCUUGAUGUCACUGUGGGUAUUCCUAAUGCCUUGCUUAGAACCUUGAACUCUUCUAAGAAGGCUGCUGAGAGUUGGGUUCAUGACAAUGUCACUCGCUACGUCUCCAAUGGCGGCAGUGGCGUUAAAAUUGAGUAUGUUGCUGUUGGAGAUGAGCCAUUUCUCCAGACUUAUGGUGAGCAAUUUCAUACCUUUGUCAUUGGAGCAGCAAUGAAUAUCCAUAUAGCUUUGGCCCGAGCGAAAUUGGAGAGCAAGGUGAAAGUAGUUGUUCCUUGCAGUUUUGAUUCCUUCCUGUCAGAGUCUGGCCAUCCUUCGAAAGGACACUUUCGGCCCGACCUCAAUAGAACCAUGAUUGAACUCCUCACGUUUCUCAGCAAGCACAGUUCACCAUUCUUUGCGACCAUUUCUCCGUUCUUAAGUCUCCACCAGAACAAAAACAUUUCCCUCGACUUCGCUCUGUUUAAAGCCAAUGCAAAACCUCAUAAUGACAGCCGCAGAACAUACAAAAACAGCUUUGACUUGAGCUACGACAUCUUGGUUACUGCAUUGUCAACAGUAGGAUUUCCUAAAAUGGAAAUUGUUGUGUCGCAGAUUGGUUGGCCUACCGAUGGAGCAGCAAACGCAACCUCAUCAACUGCAGAGACCUUCAUGAAAGGCCUGAUGGAGCACCUUCAUAGCAAAUCGGGGACCCCACUUAGACCUCGGGAUCCUCCAGCUGAAACAUACAUUUUUAGCCUCUUAGAUGAGGAUCAAAGAAGCAUAAGCACUGGGAAUUAUGAAAGACAUUGGGGUGUGUUCACUUUUGAUGGUCAAGCCAAGUACCAUUUUGACUUUAUCCAAGGUUCGAAAAACCUCGUGGAUGCGCAGAAUGUUGAGUACCUUCCUUCAAAGUGGUGUGUAGUGAACAACAAUAAGGACUUAUCCAAUGUAACUGCAAGUUCUUUAGAGGCAUGUUCACUUGCUGAUUGCACUGCACUGUCUCCUGGUGGGUCUUGUUCCAAUAUCAGUUGGCCUGGAAAUAUAUCGUAUGCGUUUAAUAGCUACUAUCAGCAGCAUAAUCAGAGUGCAGAUAGCUGUAACUUUGGGGGCUUGGGUUUAAUCACAACCGUUGAUCCGUCAGUGGAUAAUUGCAGGUUUUCUGUUCAACUUCGCACUUCUCUUUCAGAUUUCCUUUAUCCGGCCUAUCUUUCCCAGUGGAUGACCUUACUAGUCACAACCAUUUUGUUAUCCUUAACCAUAUUUACGUAGAAAAUAGAUUCCGAGGAAAUUUUGUGUAGAAAAUAGAUAUCCGAGGAGAUUUUUUGCUGCUGUGUUCCAUUGUUGCCGGUGUUUGUUGUUGUAGCCUGUGAGAGGUUUGAUUACUUGUUGAAGUGCUUACUCUAUGAGCAGACAUGGGCUUAGCCAAGUUGGCUAGAGCGGAUGUGCUCCCCACUCUGCACCUGAGUUUGAAUCCCACUCCCCGUGGUGGUGAUUAGAUUACAGUAGAAUAUUAUUUGUAUCAAGUGCUUAUUCUGUGAAAUUGUAAGAUGACAAAAGAAGGGUGUUUGGAAAUCAAAAUGACUUCGAGGCUCUAUA